UUCCUAAGAAGCCAAAUAUCCUCAGGCCUGGGCUAUUAUCUUCUCGUUCCCAAAGCUAAAGCCAUGGCGUCCCUCUCCGGUUUUACAGGUUCUUCUAUUAGCUCAGAAUGGGCAGGCCUUUCAUGGAAACAGUUCAUUCCAAUUCAAAAACCCACAAUCUCUGUUUCAAAGAAUUCUUCAAAAGCUCGUUCAAAUGCUUCUUCUUCAUCAGUGAAGAUGGCCAUCUCAGUUGAGAAGAGAUUAAUACUUCAGAAAUCUGAAGAGGUUUUCAAUGCCGCAAAGGAUUUGAUGCCAGGCGGUGUAAAUUCACCUGUCCGUGCCUUCAAAUCUGUUGGUGGACAACCCAUUGUGUUUGACAAAGUAAAAGGUUCUCGUGCAUGGGAUGUUGAUGGAAACGAGUACAUUGAUUAUGUUGGUUCAUGGGGGCCUGCAAUUAUUGGCCAUGCAGAUGAUAAGGUCAAUGCCGCAUUAAUCGAAACCCUCCAAAAGGGCACCAGCUUCGGGGCCCCUUGUGUGCUUGAGAACACCCUUGCUGAGAUGGUGAUCGCUGCUGUUCCAAGCAUUGAGAUGGUGCGCUUUGUGAACUCAGGAACCGAAGCAUGUAUGGGUUGUGUGCGUCUUGCUCGAGCCUUCACAGGCCGAGAAAAGCUCGUCAAAUUUGAGGGUUGCUACCAUGGCCACGCCGACCCCUUUCUCGUUAAAGCUGGAAGUGGGGUUGCAACUCUAGGCCUCCCUGACUCCCCCGGUGUGCCCAAAGCUGCCACUUUCCCAACCCUCACUGCCCCCUAUAAUGACUUUGAUGCAGUCAAGCAACUUUUUGAAGCCAACAAAGGAGAUAUAGCAACUGUAAUCCUUGAACCAGUGGUCGGUAACUCGGGUUUUAUUGCACCAAAAAGAGAGUUCCUUGAUGGAUUACGCAAGCUUACAGAGGAGCAUGGUACACUUUUGAUCUUUGAUGAAGUGAUGACAGGGUUCAGGAUAGCAUAUGGGGGUGCCCAAGAAUACUUUGGCAUGAAGCCCGAUUUGACAACCCUUGGGAAAAUUAUUGGUGGGGGUUUGCCUGUUGGGGCCUACGGUGGGAGAAGAGAUAUAAUGGAAAUGGUGGCUCCUGCUGGGCCUAUGUAUCAAGCUGGCACUUUGAGUGGGAAUCCAUUGGCUAUGACAGCUGGUAUUCAUACGCUGAAGCGUUUGCAAGAGCAUGGAACCUACGAGUAUUUAGAUAAGAUAACAGGUGAGCUUGUAAAGGGAUUGCUAGAGGUUGGGAGAAAGGCUGGGCAUGCAUUGUGUGGUGGUCACAUUAGUGGCAUGUUUGGGUUUUUCUUCACUGAGGGACCGGUCUAUAGCUUUGGUGAUGCAAAGAAGAGUGAUACUGCAAAAUUUGCAAGGUUUCAUAGGGGCAUGUUAGAAGAGGGUGUGUACCUGGCACCAUCACAAUAUGAAGCUGGUUUUACGAGCUUGGCUCAUAGUUUGGAGGAUAUACAAAGCACUAUUUCUGCUGCUGAGAAGGUUUUUCGAAGCAUUUGAUUUGGUAAUGUUAUUUUGUCUCCUUUUUGUUUGUUUCUCUAAUUUUUGUUUUUGUAAUGGCUUUUUCUCUAUCUCUUAGUUGUUUAUCUAUUUGCUUGUUCUUUGUGGCCUCUUUUAUGAUCUUGAGAUUCAAAGUUUGCUGGUUUACAUUGUAUUUGUAGCUUCUUUCUGUAUUGUCGUUUCAACUAUAGUAUACCAGCCAUGUUUUGGGAAA